UUAUAGUGGAAGAUUCAAGGAGACAAAAUGUCCAAGUUGAUUUUGUAUGGUACGGAGGCGAGUCCUCCUGUUCGGGCUGUUAAAUUGACCUUGGCCGCCCUUGAUGUCCCCUACGAUUACGUGAAAAUAAAUACAUUGGCAAAGGAGACCCUUUCCCCGGAGUUUCUGAAGAAGAAUCCCCAGCACACGGUGCCCACAUUGGAGGACGAUGGGCACUUCAUCUGGGACUCACAUGCAAUAUGUGCCUAUCUGGUGUCCAAGUACGGGAAGAGUGACAGUCUCUAUCCGAAGGAUCUUCUCCAGCGAGCUGUGGUGGACCAGCGACUGCACUUUGAAUCCGGUGUGGUCUUCGUUGGCGGACUGAGAAGCAUCACCAAGCCACUUUUCGCCUCCGGUCUGAGUACGAUUCCCAAGGAGCGUUACGAUGCCGUCAUCGAGAUCUACGACUUCGUGGAGACUUUUCUCACUGGACAUGAUUAUGUUUCUGGAGGUCAGCUAACAAUUGCGGACUUUAGCCUCAUCACAUCAAUCACAGCUCUGGCAGUAUUUGUGGAUAUCGAUCCGGUUAAAUAUUCCAAAAUUACUGCCUGGAUCAAGAAGCUAGAAAAGCUGUCUUUCUUUGAAGAUGCCAAUGGCAAGGGGGCCCGAGAAUUGGUCACAAUUCUUACAAAAUUCAAUUUUUCUUUCUCAUCUUAGUAUUCCUUUUAACAUUAUUGAAACACUUUUUUUGUAACAAUAAAUAAAGUAAAUGUAAACAACAGUUA